CGACUCUUCAGAGGCAAGAUGGCGUCGAGCAGCGGGGCUAAAAACUUAGACUUCCGCCGAAAGUGGGACAAAGAUGAAUAUGAGAAGCUUGCAGAGAAACGACUUACGGAAGAAAGAGAGAAGAAAGAUGGCAAACCAGUGCAGCCUAUCAAGCGUGAGCUUCUGCGGCAUCGAGACUAUAAAGUGGAUCUGGAAUCCAAAUUGGGGAAAACUAUUGUUAUUACCAAAACUACUCCUCAAUCUGAGAUGGGAGGGUAUUAUUGUAAUGUAUGUGACUGUGUAGUGAAAGAUUCCAUCAACUUCCUUGAUCAUAUCAAUGGCAAAAAACAUCAGAGGAACCUUGGUAUGUCCAUGAGAGUAGAGCGUUCUACUCUGGAUCAGGUGAAGAAACGUUUUGAAGUGAACAAGAAAAAAAUGGAGGAGAAACAGAAGGAUUAUGACUUUGAGGAGAGGAUGAAGGAGCUCAGAGAAGAGGAGGAAAAGGCCAAAGCCUACAAAAAGGAAAAACAGAGGGAGAAGAAAAGGAGGGCAGAAGAAGAUUUGACAUUUGAAGAGGAUGAUGAAAUGGCUGCUGUAAUGGGUUUCUCUGGUUUUGGCUCAACUAAGAAAACCCACUGACAAGCCAGAAACUGUAUUUUGAACGGCUACUGUUUAUGUCCUGAUGAUGCUUCAAAAUCCUAGAAAGACUUUGCAAAGAAUUUGUAUCCAAAUAACAAGUUGGGAAACAAUUCCACACUUCCCAUGUGGGGUGAUUCUGCCCUACCAUAAUUAAAUCUUCCCUGGUUGAAAAGAUAGCACCACAUUUGCCUGUGUGUUGAUAACUCUAAAUCUCAAAUAAAAAUACUAUCAAAUAAUA